AGAGUUUGCAGCGCUCGUUGUGGCAAUAGUGGUCACAAUCUCACACAAGCACACGCCUGUUAUCAUAAUCUCGCCCAUGUGCUUCCAUGCCCCCCUGCGCCCCCCGUCCGUGAUUGCUAAGCUGAAAUUUUAAAUCCCGCAGUGAUCCCGAAAGCAGACGUAAUCAAGUCCGGUGCAGCCGCAGCAAGCAAGAUCACCCCAACUUUCCAAAAGCACUUAUUAUCAACUAACAGUUAACUAUUUAGGGAUGCUCUUCAUAAAUGUGCAAAUGCACUUUCCAAAAGAAACGAAAUGAAAGCAAGUAUGGUAAUAGGAGAGACCUACGCCUGCAAAACUGCCAAAAAGAUGUCUAGAGAUAACGUCGCAACCCGUGCACUUCCACCCAUAAUUGCCCUAUCAGCCCCAAGCAAAGUCACUUCGAUGACAUCCGCAAGCCCUCGAGGAAAUCUCUGCACGCGCAGCACAUGCUGGCCAGUAAUACAUCAUAUUCUCACACCACACCAAAUGACCAAGCCAACGGCGGUGCGUAGCGAAGCAGGAAUUUACCAAAAAAGGGUAAGUCGUUCCCCUCUGAGAAUGAGUGAAUUGUUUCCAGCAGGGCUGAUUUUUGUUUCCCGCCCGCCGGAUCAGUGUUGUGCCAUUCUGCCGGCUCCAUGCGUCAGACUCGCCUGUUAGGAACCCGGGCAGUGGCACUGCUUCCUCAUUGCGCCCUUUGAGCAGCAACUUCCCCGGGCCGGUAUAUCGAGCGCUAAGAGCCGACGAAUCACCGCCGUGACGCAUACUCUUUCAUCGCAAAACUGUUCACUUGGUCCAAUGCCCGACUCUUUGGCAAUGCGCCCUUUUCCCUCCCUCUCACUUCCUCCUCCCCAGCGACUAAAUCACCCUUAGCUUUCAUCACUAUCUAUCCCCCGUCUCUUGAAUGUUUCUCCAAGUCUUGGGCUAGCCUGUUUGAAUACCAACCCACCGCCAUGGCUCCGCUGUUCCUCCAGGAGGCGGUGUCUCUACCUCCACACCGAGAAUUCCACUCUACGUAUCCCCUGUUCUCAGAACACUCGGAAGCGGGGGUCCUCCACUGAGCAUUUGCUCACAAGGGUGUUUCUCAUCGGUGGAUCGGUGCGGAGGUUACGCGAUAGGGCGCUUCCCAUCUUUGACGCCAUGUCUUGCAGCGCUGUGCCAAUGCCAGAUGGAGGAUCAAGCGGAAACAAAUACAAUCACGGGACGUCACUCGAUAGGGAUGUGCUUGCUUUUAAAGAUAAUGCUUUAAGAUAUGCCCACUUGUGCUUGACAGCCGAGACACGCCCAUGGCUACCAUCCCGCUCGAUAAGACCCGAAUACUCGAGGUUUGUGGGCAAGUUUAAGCGGCUAAUUUAGCAGCUAACCUGCCGUAUUGUUUUUUUCUCUUGCUAGCCAAUGCUUGCUUUUUUUGCCAUGUCUCUCCCGUUCGAAAUGUUGUACCACAGUACGGAUUAGGACUACCCCCUUUGAUUAUAAUUGGUGCAAGCCGAAAUUAAGAUAUUACAUUAUCCGAUGAUACGGUACCGGUACAACUCUCGCUCCGGGCCAUAAGUGCCCGAAAACAGGGGGGUGGCAUAUUUUUCUACUCGAAUAGCAUUUUCGAACAAAUCGACCCCAGAUUUUCCACCACAUAUUUCAAUGAUCCCUGUCUUUGGGGCACUUAUGGUCGUAGGACAAGCACUUGUAGGAGUACCGUACUGUACUCGUACUCGGGUACACCUAAGUUCGCAAUGUCCUCAUACUCCCCCAAGUACGGUCAGCCCUUGGAAACUCUUCGCCAGCCCUUUCUUAGCAAAAAAAGAAAACAAAUUCUGAUAAAGGUUUACAAUAUCGCCGUCUCCGGGGGGGUGCGAUCAAAAAGUCUCUUGCUGUUUCCCUGCUGUGAAUAUGUAUGGUUCCUGAGGCACGAGGAAGGGUACGAGAAGCUUUCGGAUAGGAGAGUAUGUGAUACCAGCGCAAGUACUGGUAUGAUACUCACAUAAUACACAACCCUCCAGCGAGGUCCCAGGUCACAUGUCACUAUGAUAGUGUACGAGUACUCGUACAGUCCUUCACCCAUCCACCACCGUCCCAGGAGCUCUUACCAAAAAAGGGGUUUACCGACCCGAUAGUUU